AGGAUGGGAAAAAACCAAUCAAGGACACCAACAUCCAGACCUCAGUUCCUUCCUCCUACCCUGGGGCUUCCUGUGUCUGAGGCAGUAUCACCUCCUCCUUUUCCCCCUCUCAAGCGGUUUCUUGCUUGUUGUGACAAUUCCACGGUGGCCGUGGUCAGCAACACUCUGCCAGCACUUUCAGUCCUCCGAUUAUCAUCACCCGGGGCCCUGAGGCUGUCAACUAAUCCUCUUGUGGGUGUUAGCCAAGAAUGGCUUAAGGUCUUGCCACCUUCAGAUAUAGCUCCAUUGAAACUGGAAAGGUUUUUUUCCGAAAGAGAUGAGAUCUACAAUGGUGGAAUUUCAGGCACUGUGACAACUCAUGAACUGAAAGAAUUCAAAGGAGUUGAGGUUUUCCUGCUGAAAACCAUUUGGUCAAGAGCAAGAUUUGAAGUUGUCCAUAGUUCUCAUCAGACUCUGGUAAUAAAGUAUCUGCUCCUGCUGCCUGGGUCAGUUCCGGAUGUUCCAGUGUACUGGGGGGUACCUGCUGCUCAUAUUGUUUACUUGAUUCCUGAUAAUGAUUAUCUCCCCUUUGGAAUUCCUUAUCAGAGGAUGAGAGAGGUUGAGAAAAUAAAGAGAAGAAAAAUAAAGAACAUAAAGUACCAGUAA